UGUGAUGAUUGUCUUACUGGUAGUACACGUUCAACGUUGUAUGCACAUCUGUGAAAUACCUACGUAGUACAUGAUACCUAGGUACCCAUAUAUGCAUACCGGUAUGUACAUGUACAUGUAUCAGCUCAUCCACAUGCAACAUUAGAGAGAGUUGUCAGGAACAUUGAACAUUGAAAACCCCCGACGUGAUUUCUUGUCACCUUUUCCCUAAUCAUUACAACUUGGUAUCAGCAUUGCGUCUGCUUUUCGUCUUUGGUCAUUCCAUGCUGUUCUCAGCCCAGUUCUCUUGAAUUGUAACGGCGUCUUGCGGGUUUAUUCUAGAAAUUUACAUAAUUCCGGCUACAUUUCAACCACAAAAGCAUAUUAGGUAGCUGUUCCGAUCCAGCCAUGGCUAUGAAUCUUAAAACCACGUCUAGAGCAUUGGGAGCUCUGAGGCCACGUGCCGUCUCAGCGGUCUUUACCCCGGCGGCUAGGCUGUAUUCUUCGUCGGCGGAACCUGAUUUGAAGGAAACCCUGAAAGAGGUUAUUCCCGCCAAGAGGGAGCUUCUUAAAAAGAUCAAGAAAAAUGGCUCCAAGGUCAUCGGUGAACUCAAAGUAGAAAACACCGUCGGUGGAAUGAGAGGCUUGAAGGCCAUGGUUUGGGAAGGUUCAGUACUUGAUGCGAACGAGGGAAUCAGAUUCCACGGUCGAACGAUAAAGGACUGCCAAAAGGAGCUGCCCAAGGGCACGUCGGGAACGGAAAUGCUCCCGGAAGCCAUGUUCUGGCUUCUUUUGACAGGCCGAGUCCCGUCGGUCAACCAAGUCCGCCAUCUAUCACGCGAGCUUGCCGAACAGGCUCGGCUUCCGGACUUUGUCAACAAGAUGCUCGACAGCUUUCCGAAGGACCUACAUCCCAUGACCCAGUUUUCCAUGGCAGUUAGCGCCUUAAACUACACCUCUAAGUUUGCGAGAGCUUACGAACAAGGCUUGAACAAGGCCGACUACUGGGAGCCCACCUUUGACGACGUGAUCAGUCUACUUGCUAAGCUACCCACUAUCGCCGCCAAGAUAUACCAGAACUCGUACCGAACUGGCGGUGCGUUACCCGGUGAUGUCGACCCCGAUCAGGAUUGGUCUUACAACUUCGCCUCCAUGCUUGGAAAGGGUGGAAAAGAGAAUGAAGAUUUCCAGGAUCUAUUAAGAUUAUACCUUGCGCUGCAUGGUGACCACGAAGGUGGAAAUGUCUCAGCUCACGCUACUCACCUAGUCGGAAGCGCCCUCAGUGACCCCUUCUUAAGUUAUAGUGCCGGUCUCCAAGGUCUGGCUGGACCUCUGCACGGGCUUGCCGCACAGGAAGUCUUACGCUGGAUUCUUCAAAUGAAGGAAAGCAUCCCGGAAAAGUACUCGGAGAAGGAUAUCAAUGAUUACCUAUGGUCCACGCUCAAGAGCGGCCGAGUCAUCCCUGGCUAUGGUCACGCUGUUCUUCGCAAACCCGAUCCUCGUUUCGAGGCACUGAUGGAUUAUGCGGCUAGUCGUCCCGCGAUUGCAAACGAUCCCGUCUUCCAGCUUGUCAAGAUAAACAGUGAAGUUGCCCCUCAAGUCUUGAAGAAGCAUGGUAAGACAAAGAACCCCUAUCCCAAUGUCGAUUCCAGCAGUGGAGUAUUGUUCCACCAUUACGGUUUUCACGAAACCCUCUACUACACAGCGACCUUUGGUGUUAGUCGAGGAUUGGGACCUCUCGCUCAGCUUAUCUGGGAUCGUGCUCUAGGCUUGCCCAUUGAGCGACCCAAGAGCAUAAAUUUGGAAGGCAUACUGAAGCUGGUAGAAUCGUGAGAGUUUUGUGCGCAAGACCGUACCUUUUCGGCGUUCCGAGUUCAACAACUUUUUUCGCAUUAGAUUUCUACUUGCAUGACGGCAUCGAGAAUAGGGAAUACUUUAGUUACCACAACUUUGAAAUUAAUAUCUCGCUCUUAGUUCAAGUAGGCGAGCUGUCCUUAUCUGUCAAGGGAGUGAGCUUGUACCGCUACUUGUAGCUCUCAGUUUUCACCGUGUAGGGGAUGAACUACCUGACAGUAUUAA